AUGCCUGCAAAAUUCCUCCGGAGCAUCCUCAUCACUGGUGGAACAUCUGGUCUGGGGUAUCACUGCGCAUUGAACGUUGCUCGGAAGUACCCCGAUUAUCAAAUCAUUAUCGCUUCACGUUCGGAUCCGAACUCUUCUGCCAAUGCUCUAAACAAUGCGCUCAACCAGAAGAAUGUUAGAUUCCUACCGCUAGAUCUCUCUAGUCUUGCGCAGUGGGAAACAAACCAGUUUCCUCCAAUCCAUUCGCUGGUAUUCAAUGCUGCUCUCCAGUUUCCUGGGGAUGUGCAGUACUCCAUAGAUGGUUUCGAAAAGACUUUUGCCAUAAGUCAUAUUGGCCACGCUCUUCUUUUCUCUCUUCUACGCCCUCAUUUAGCGGAUAUGGCGAGAGUGGUCAUUGUCAGCAGUGGAACUCAUGAUCCCGCUCAAAAGAGCGGUAUGCCAGAUGCCUACUACUCAUCCGCAGGAGAGUUAGCUCAUCCCACGGGACAAUCCCUGAAAAACAAUGGCCGUCAGCGUUAUUCCACGACAAAAUUGGUCAAUGUCCUUUACGGUUAUGCGCUUCACCGACGAUUUGAAGCUAUCAAUAAGAAAUCCGGGAAACAUUGGACAGUUGCUGCGUUUGAUCCCGGCUUUAUGCCUGGCACUGGUCUGGCACGCGAUUACUCUGCCCUUCAAAGGUUCUUGUGGUUAAAAGUCUUACCGAAGAUAUUACCUCUUCUUCGCCUCUUGUUAACGCCAAAUACUCACACCGUGGAACAUUCGGGGAAGAUGUUGGCCAGAUUAGUGAUUGAAUCAGAUGAGGAAAUUGGUAGUGGCGCCUAUUAUGAAGGUCCCAAGCGUAUCAAGUCUAGUGACGCGAGUUACGACCAGGACAAACAAGAGUGUGAUGGACGCUCAAGGCCCAGAAACAACUUCAUUUCUAAGCGUAGCAGUAUCGACGAAGAAAACUAA